AUGGGAGUUAUCAAGUGGCUGGUGAUUUUUGUGUCGUUGGGCAUCUGCUCACAGGCUGCAGCUCAAGAUCUCCAGGUAUCCGUGUUCUCAACAACAUCCAAGACUGUGAUUCUCAGAUGGAUCAGGUACUCUGGAGCCAGUUCGUACAAGAUCACCGUCGCCCCCCAAAGCUCACCGAGCGACCCCAUUGCGUUUGCCACAUUUGGUCCCAACACAGUGAUGGGCUCUAUCAACUCUCUGUCCCCAAACGUCAUGUAUACAUUCACAGUUGAAGCUCUGGAUAAUUCCCAAAUGCCACUGAGCACUGCAGUUAUUGAGUCAUCCACAGCCCCUGAGAUGAUGGAUCCCAUCCAUACAGUGAAGUCCCAGGAUAGCAGCACCUUGAUAGUGGAGUUCAGCUUGGUGACUGGGGCGACUCAUUACAUCAUACGAAUUGAGAACAGCAAUGGCUUCUUCAGAGAAGACACAGUGUCCUCCUCCCCUGCUAAAAUUACAUCCCUCACACCAUACACUGAGUACACGCUCAGAAUCAUGGCUAUGAACCGUGGAGGCCGGAAUCAGCCGUCUCUUUCCAUUACCACCAAAACAGUUCUUCCUCCUCCUCAGCUCUCCACCUCCUCUCCCAGCAACGACAGCAUCAUUGUAUCCUGGGCUCCUGUUGCUCAUGCCGUCCAAUAUUCCAUAACUAUAUACAAGCUUGGCUCAAGCACUGACAUGAAGCACAACACCUCAGACACCAGUUUGACCAUCUCUGGCCUGGAUGCUGGCUCCCUCUACUUCAUCAAGGGUGUCGCCUGGGACCCUGAGGGCCGAAAGGGGGAGAUGAGUCUGUACCUCAACCAGACGACAAGACCUCCAACACCAUAUUCUGUCAGCGUCUCUUUGGUGAUGAGUAACAGUGUGACCGGACUCUCUGUAUCCUGGGAACUCGAUCAGCAGGUCUAUGGACACAUCGAGUACCAUGUGAUGAGUGACCAGAACCUCACAUGUAACUCCACAUCCAGCCCCUGCACCCUGUCGCCAGUGGGCUGUGGAGAGGUACACACUAUCCAGGUCACCGCCUGCAACCCGGCCGGGCCCAGCUUGCCAUCCAACCCUGUGGUGUUCAUCACCUUCCCCUGCCCACCAGAGUCUCUGGCUGUUGAGGAGUCACCGGAAGGAAACUGCACGCUGACAUGGGACACAGUGCCUCAUGCCGACAGCUACGGGGCCUUCAUCAAGAGAAGUGACGGCAGCGAGGGGACCUGCAACACCACCAGCAAUAACUGCACCUACCACUGCGAGUGUGGCUACACUUACUUUAUGUCUGUGUUCGCGUACAACCAAGCUGGCUGCAGUCCUCCAGGGCAAGUUCUCAACUACACCACCUUGCCCUGUUGUCCAGAGGGUGUAUCAGUCUCCGUGGUGAGCACCGAUACACUGGAGAUCACGUGGACGGCCGCGCAGGGGGCAGAUCUGUAUGAGACUCGGGCUGCAGACAGUUCAGAGGUCAUCCUGUGUAACGACACGGCACCGGUGUGUGCCCUCUCUGAUCUCAGCUGUGACAGUGCCUACAGCGUGGUGGUGACACCCUGCAAUGAAUAUAGCGGAUGCAAGCGUUCAUGCAGAGCUCACACCCAAAACACAGCUCCCUGCAUGCCGAUGAAUCUGAUGCUGGAACCGAAAAACUCCUCCUGCGUCAGUGUCAGCUGGACAGCAAACAACAGGGCUGCUACUUACACUGUGAGCGCAUUGGGAGAUGAUGGCAAACACACCUGCACCACCAGCGGAAACAGCUGUGACAUCACCGACCUUCCCUGCGGCUCCACUUAUGAAGUCAGUGUCACAGCAACCAGCUCCUUUGGUCAGAGUUUACCCAGCUACUCUGACUCUGUGGAAACAGAACCCUGUUGCCCGCCGAAUCUAACAGUGGAACAGGUGACGCAGGCGGUGACCAACGUCUCAUGGUCUCAUGCCAAAGGGGCUCAUACAUUCAUCACUUCUCUGACAUCAACACGUGGUCACGCCCGCUGCCACACAGAAGACUCCCACUGCCUCAUGGGAUGCAUCACCUGUGGAACCAACUACACUGUCACCAUGGAGGCAUACAGCCACAGUGGGCGCAUGUCCAACUGCACCUAUCAGGGCUUCUCGUCCAGUGCCUGCUGUCCAUCAGGAGUCCGGCUCUACAGGAUGGCCGGUAACUCUCUGCGGGUGUACUGGCGCAGUGCUGGCAGCAGCCACAGCUACAUCACAGAGAUGACGAGCAGCAACAACAGCUACACCUGCACUGCCUCUAUGGGGGAGAGCAGCUGUGAUGUUGGCAACGUCCAGUGUGGGGACGUCUAUAAUGUAGUGGUGGCUCCGCUCACACCAGAGGGCAGCAAAGUCCAGUUCUGCCCUCAGAGAAUGUACUCAGUUACUUGCUUAGGGAACAACGUUGGCUCAGUGAUUUACAGAGGGAAAAGAAGUUUGGACUAGCAUAUGAUGUAACAAACACCUCCUUCAUCCUCCUCUUCCUCCUGCAUCACCUCAGCCCCAAAGGAAUAAAGCCAUGCUCAUAGCUAAAUAAAAGAACAGCAGUUACCCAAAAACAAAAUGUUUGUGUGUUGGCCAUGAUACAUAUGUGGUAACAUGAUGAAUACUGUGAAAUAAAUGUCUGAGAUAUUGUUGAGAUUAUUUAGAUGUUGUAAGUAAUAUUGUCAAGUGGUGUAAACCUGCUUUAAACUAUGUUGGUAUAUCACAGUCAGCCAUCACUGUGCCCUCAACAAUCAAGAUCAAGCACUUAAAAAUGACAAAACAAGCAAACAAGAGUGCAUUUUGUGUGCACCUAUCAAAAUAUGUAUCAUGAGACAAUAUCAUUAGUGAGGAUGAGGUAAAUUUAAAGACGUUUCUCAUGACAAAAUAUAAAACAAUGACCAUAACUAAAUUUCUAUGCUGCACUGAGAAAGUUGUAAUUUGGGUAAUUUAAAAUGUAUUUUAUUUUCAUCCCUGAGUCCUAAUUGACAAAACAAACAAACAAAAAAAACAAUUAGCAGAACAGUAACAGUGCCCCAAAACACAUUUUCAACAAUUUUGCCCCUUCAUUUUAAGAAUUAUUAAUUGAAGAAUUAACCAAAUUUUAAAACAUUGUGUAGCUCCAACCCCAAGUAGGAAGCCUUCUGACAAUAAGUGACAGACACUGAUCUGUGUGUCUGUUCAUGUGUCACCCUGUAGCCUACCAUCUCUGCAGUGUGCAGUCGCUUGUUCUCAGGAUGUGUUUAACUGUUUAAAAUAUGUGUCACUGUGGUUGUGUAAACCUGAUGCAUAUGACAGUUAAUAAAGA